AUGCAAGCCUCCAGGAAGCCCUUAGGGUUAACAUGUGAAUACAUGAAAAGAGCAGGCAUUGGUGUAGGGAAGCAUUCCGCAACUUUACGAAUCCUCGGUCGAAGCGCUGAAUCCCAUACGGACUUUACAUAUUCUCACGUUAUGUGGAUGCAAAGACCAGCUGUGAUCAAUUGUCCUCCGGGCCUUGAGUACUUGACCCAAAUUGACCAAUUGCUGAUUAAGCAGGUGAUUGAUGCUAUCGAAACAUUCGUGCCUUAUGAAGUGCAAAAUCGCUAUACCUGCUACAACACAUUGGGACAAAGUGUAUAUCGAUGUUACGAAGAAUCUGACUUUUGUUCACGUGCAUUCUGUGGAGCAUCAAGACCUUUCGUAUUACAUAUUUUAAACAAUAAUAACUCUGAAGUUAUCCGUGCAAUUCGACCUUUUCGAUGUGAUUGUUACCCUUGUUGUUCGUGUUUAGAAUGCUGUCAAGAGGAACUUGAAGUUCAGUCUCCAGCUGGAAAUUGUAUUGGCUACGUGAAACGAGUAUUUAGUGGUUGUAAUCUUGAUUACUACAUUUUGGAUAGUAACCAGAGUACAGUUCUGCAAAUACAUGGUCCAUCAUGUUGUUUUUGUGAAUGUUUAGGAUCGGAUAUAAUAUUUAAGGUAACUUCUGCUGACGGUACUGUCGAAAUAGGUAGAAUUACGAGAAAAUGGAGCAAUAUUGUCCAAGAAUUCUUUACUGAUGCAGAUAAUUUUGGAGUUUCUUUUCCGAUGGACUUAGACGUGAAAGUAAAAGCGAUUCUCUUAGCUGCUGUUUUUCUAAUUGAUUUUAAAUAUUUUGAAAAGAAGCCAAAACAAUCAAAUUUUUCGUAGUCUUAUCCUUUCAUGUCGUUUUAUCUGUGAGUAUAUUCUGUGCUUCGUUUUUUCUUCACCUGAACUCAUUUAUUUGUAUUAUUUAUACAGAAAUAUGGAUAUUUUCGAUUUUUUAACGCUUUACUUAUUGUAAUUUUUAUUUUGUAGUUAUCAUUGAAUUGUAUGUGAAAGACUACACUUCCUUAUGUACUUUAUUCAUCCGAUUUGUAUUCAUAACUUGUUCUAAUUUUUACUCGGAUGUUUGCCUGGACGAUUUCUUUGCACCGUUUCUUGUUAACCAUACUUUCAUGAAGUUCUCUUUUUCAGUAAACAACGAGAUCACAAGCUUGUUUGAACAUUUGACUAAUUUGUCAGGUAUUAUUUUUGUUUUUUUCAAUAAUUCAAAUGUUUUUGAUACUGAUUGUAUUUUCUUUAUUUCUAAAGAAAGCUUUUGAUCUGUUUAGUGUAAGCUAGAUGUAUCGGUCAUUGUCUUUCCUUUGAAUUUGUUUCGGUAUAUUGAUCAGCUUCCCGACCGUAGCUGCUACCUUGACAUGGUGGUCGGGCUUGCCUAUCGUAUUGACCCAACCGAGCUAUAUUGGCUGGAACAUAUGUUCCUGUAGGUUCUAUCAUGCCAUGCAGGUCGAUUGGAGAACGUUAAGACUAAAAGCAGCAACUGAAGGUCUGAGGGCGAAGUCGUACUGCUGACUGUAGAGGGCUGUGACAGCAGUAAGGUGUUUUCCUCCUACGACCAGCAUCUGCAGCGAUGCUGUCUUCCCACAAGGAGGGGUGGGGUUAGAAAAGGUCGACCCUAAAAAUGUCACACCUCACCUUACCUCGCGGUUUUCCGUCUCCGGCGGUAAGGCCCUUUGAAGAACGGAGCUAACAC